GCGGUAUAAACUCUCAAUUUGCUUUAUCAUCAAUAAAAAAAUUGAUAAAACGCUCCGCGAGGCGCCAGGAAAUGAUUUGGAUUUCGCGCCGUUACGACCAUCAGCGCCACAGCUCGGCGAACUAUGCAAAAUGCGGCCUUGGUUCCUGACGUCAAAAUAGGUAUAGGUUAUGUUUUUUGGAAAAUGUGUUUUUGAUUGAUUUACAGCAGUCUAUUUUAUGUGAACUACAUGAAAUAAGAUAGGCAGGCGAUUUUACUUAGCAGAAGGAUCUUGAAGGAUGUUCUCCUUAGCUGAUCCUAGAUAUUCUAAUCCCAUACUUUCUGAACUACAAAUCAAACCAGAAGACCAAAUUAUAUCAAUACGUGAGAAUGCAAAUGCUGAUAGCAACUUCAUCAUAACUCAUCUGAUUAAGCAAUUUCUCUAUGAAAAGCACAAAUUGUGCUUGGUCACCUUUCACAGUAAUGUUGCCCACUAUCAAUCUGUUGGUAAAAAACUGGGCUAUGACUUGCUGAGUGCAAAGAAGAAUAAUGAAGUUAUAAUAAUUGAUCCCAUCAAUGCUAUGGUAGAAGAUGUGGGCAAAGAAUCGGGAUAUCUAAGAGAAGAUAAAGAUAGUCUUUUGAAAUCCUUGUACCUUGACAUCAAGAAGCAUUUGAAUACAUUGUUAGGCAAUGGGGAUCAUCAAGCAAACUUAAUCAUCGACGAUUUGAGUCACUUGGUAGAUUUAGGUGUGGACGUGUGCCAAAUGAUCAAUUUCACUACAUACUGCCUCAACCUUACGAACAAUGACAAAAUAUCAGUUGUGUUGAAUAAUCAUGUUGGCAACAAAAUUGAUGAAAUUGUAUCGAACAAUUUACAAUACAUUGCCAAUGUUCACAUAGAAGUAUCUGCAUUAAAGACAGGAGCAUCUUUAGAUGUUACAGGAUCAUUUACUGUCGAGAAAGAUUCUAGAAAGAGAGUAUUUCAUUACAAAGCUUAUGAUAGAGGCAUAAAGACAUUUCAUCCUGGAGAAUCAAUUUAUCAUCUAUACAAGUAAUUUAGAGAGGGAAGGGUUCUUAAGGCUGCUGCUGCCAGUUUAUUUUAGAUAGUUUUAAGAAGUUUUAUGUGCUUAUAAGGCAAUAUAUUAUUGCCGCCGUGUUACGAUUGUGGUAAUCUGAUACCUCUAAAACGUUACUACUCCUUAAAUUUUAACAUUAUCCAUGCAAUAAUUGAAGUUGGUUUGAAGCCAUCUUAUGUAAAUCUUCACAAUUUCUCUGUUAUUUGCUGCAUGAUUCUGUAAGAUGAGUCUGAUUGCCAUAUACUUUAUGCUUUUUUGUUGAUCUACUAUUCGUUUUCAUGCCAACCAAUUGUUAUAUGUUAUUUUGAAAUAUGUUUCAGUGAAUUUUGUUUAAGAACUAUAAGGAGGUUAAGUGUUGUUGUUGCCUGUCUGCCAGUAUAUCGUAGAUAUUCUGAAAUUUUGUAUUUUUAUAACGAGGCAAUAUAUUACUGUCGAAGUUUACUGUUUUUCAUUUGUUUUAUCAUUUCUACGGUAUAAGUAAGCGUUAAACUAUCAGGACAGUAAUAUAACUUUUCCCCCGCACAGAGUUCUCUUUGUACAAUGUAUUGCAAUUUAAAUUUUUGAUGUUAGGACGAGAGAAAAAGCUAAGCUACUUUUCUUUUUUUAUCCUUAGAUUGUGUUCCAACAUCAUAUAUAAAUCGUUUUUACCCGAUCUAAAAAUUUUGCUCUGAAAGUGGAAGUCCCUUUACGAAAUUUUCCUGGUAUUCAAUCUUUUAGGACAUAGGUGCAAUAAGCCAGGUUAAAAAAUAGUUAAAAUUAAGAUGGUUCGAUUUAUCAAUAUGUACAAAAACAUUGAAACAAAAAUUGAAUUCCUCCAUAUAUACA